CUUCUAUUAUUUUUAUUUUUCGUAGUUGUAAAUAUUUUAUAAAUUGACAUAAGAAAAUUGUAAAUAUAUUCUAUGAUGAUGUUUUAUAAAAAUUCGGGUAUUAUAUGGAAUAUAUUAGUAUUAAGUCUUUUCAUUGGGACAGCUUUUGGUAUAAAAUGUUGGGAUUGCAGAUCUGACACUGACCCAAAAUGUGCAGAUCCCUUUGAUAACAGUACAGUUCCUAUUAAGGACUGUAAACAAGAAAGUGAAUUAGAGCAUCUUCCAGGCAUUCGACCAACCAUGUGCAGAAAAAUAAGACAAAAGGUGAAUGGUGAAUGGCGGUAUUACAGAAGUUGUGCAUAUAUGGGAGAACCGGGAAUUGCAGGUGAUGAAAGAUUCUGUUUAAAACGAACGGGAACAUACAAUGUAUUUAUGGAAUUCUGCACUUGUAAUAGCAAAGAUGGAUGUAAUGGCUCAAGUUUGCUAAUCCCACAUGUAUUUUUAUUAUCAUCAAUUUUGCUUAGUUCACUUUGUCUCAUGUAUUAAAAUCAAC